AUGAUUCUUCGAUGGGUACUGGCGUCAAUAGUUCUACUAUGUACUACCGUAUUUGCCCUUCCGCGUUUCCGGAAAACCGGAUACGAUGAGCAAGAGGCGUGGCUAUUGCUCAAUUUGGCCGCCGGGGCGUACGCCGAUUCGCCAUAUGAGUGUGUCAAUAGAACAUUCCCCCCACACGAGGCUCGAGUGUUGCUCGAGAAUAUUGGAGAGGAAUGUGAUAUCGUCUCCAGCUUAUGUUCUGGAUAUGUCGUCAAAUCGGAUCGGUUGCAACAUCUUGUACUCGUAUUUAGAGGUACCAAGACGAAAACGCAGCUUCUACUGGAGGGCUGGGCCUCGCACAGCGACGGCGCCCCCUUUUUCGACAUGGGAGAUGUGAACAAAUAUUUUCUACAUGCCCACCAAGUCCUUUGGCCACCCGUUGAUCGAGUUUUGAGGGACCCGCGAUAUCAGCACUACGCCGUUACCGUAACCGGCCAUUCCCUGGGAGGAGCACUGGCUGCGCUGGCGGCCGCCAGAAUUGUUAAUCAAGGCCUUCGACAAAGCGGUCAAAUCCGUCUGAUCACCUUUGGCGAACCACGAGUCGGAUCCGGAAAGUUUGCAAAGAAUUUCGACGCCAUCGUGCCAAAUGCGUAUCGGGUCGUCUUCCGCCGCGACAUCGUCCCCCAUAUGCCGGCUUGCAGGAAGGAUUUCAGCGAUACGAGGCUAAGGGAAGAAGACGUUCAUCCGUGCGAUGACUACGAGGGAACCGCCGCCUACCAUCACGGCACCGAGAUAUGGUACCCAGACUGUAUGGAUCCGGGGUGUACGUAUCUGGAAUGCACGGGAUUACCCAAAAAUGAAGAUAUGCAAUGCUCGGAUAAGCUGUCAUUCAAUCUAGGCGAUACCUCGGAUUAUGUCUGGGAUCACAGGAAUUAUUUUGGCGUCAAGGUAACGUCAUACGGUAAAUCGGGUUGCGAUGGCGUUUUCAACGCGACGGAGGUGAAAGAGGGCACCAUACACAAAAUAGUGUCUGGGCUGAAGAUGUGGGCAUCGAAUAUUGGA